GCCAACCUCAAUAUAAGUAAACUCAAUGUCACAAAAAAAUAAUCAAUGCUCUGUUUACAAAAACAGCUGAUAAUAAAACUAAUUUAAUUUUUAUGAGUUAAAUAAAAGUGUUUUUGGAAGUGUAAUUAAAUAAUAGUAUUGUUUUUAGUGUGAUAUGCUAGUGUUGUGAUAAAUAUGGUGAAACAAGCGUUUAAAAAUGACGUAGAAGAGUCGAGCCGUAUGUGGGCGAGCGCCUCGUUCGUCGGGGUGCUCAUCAUCAUCGGCAUGCCGCUCUGGUGGAAGACUACGGAAGUCUACCGAGUAGCUCUCCCGUACGACAAGAUUAGCGCCUUCGAGCCCCUGAAGCACUCCAUCACGACUGAGCUCACUGUCCUGGCCGACGACGAUGCCACCGCCGCGGUAGUCAUUGACGAAAUCGAAAAGGCCUUUGCUGAUUCUGACAUAAUAAAGCUGAAGAUAAAUAAACAGCGCACACCAGCCGACCUCCAACGGACCCUGACCUCCGUGGCGGACGAGCACGAAGCCCUAGAGGAGGUGGCCAAGAGUGUGGACCUGACCAGACAUAAUACGUUUCAUCUGGUGCAGAGGAAGCCACUGUUCCAGGAUGUUUGGCUCGGCGCUGAGCGGGUCAUGUUCUUCAGGGAUGGUAAAGCCGCUCCCACAAUAGUCCAAGCGCUGAAACGCUGGGUGUACCAGACUAGCACGCUGGUGGGCGCGCGGUCGGACACGGCCGACACAGCGCGACGCACUCGCUUCCCGCCAGCAGAUUCCUACCACGUGGUGCUGUCCGUGGUGCAUCCCAAGCCUGACCAGAUGCAGGUCGAGUUCGCUGCCGCUGAGGCUCUGGACGAUUACAUCGGCUCGUUCGUGGACGAGUUGAGCGUGCUGCACAACUUUACGCUCAAGUCCCAGUGGCUUUAUCUGCUGAACUUCGACUUCCAAGCUAAAGAGAUAAAGGACAAGAGCGACUGGGGUCGGCACUACGCGGUGCGGCAGGACCGGCUGUCGCUGCUGCUGACGCGGCUGGAGGAGCGCGCCGCCACGCACGUGUCCGACGUGCCCGCGCUCAACCUCGCGCUCUACCUCACGCCCUGCCACGCCGCGCCGCUCGUCAUAUACACACACGACGACAAGCCCCUGACGACGCCGGUGCAAGCGUUCAUGUCGCCGAAGUGGGGCGGCGUGGUGCUGGCGAGCCCGCCCGCCGCCGCCUGCGCCGAGCGGCGCGUGUUCCGGCCCGACGUCACGCAAGUCAUGGGCGCCUUCGUGUCGCAGCUCCGGAAGCUGUUGGGGAUGAUCGAACCGGAUUUCAUAGAGGGCGCUUACUUGGAACCGCUGCGGUCUGUGAUCCCGCGCCGCUGGGAGAUCGACAGUCUGCUCCGCAUCAGGACCCUCGAGCAGCUCACCUCCGCCGAGAGGACGCUACAGUCGCUGGCACAGUUGUUGGGUGAAAUAUCGAACAUAGUAAUCAACGACUCGGUGGGCGCGUCCAUAACAGCGGCGGUGAGUCACAUCGGCGCGGGCGCAGCGCUGUGCGCGCGGGACGUGGUGCGCGCGCACGCCGCCGCGCAGGCCGCGCGCACAGCCGCCGAGUCCGCCUUCACCGAGCCCAGCCUGCUGGCGCUCCUGUACUUCCCGGAUGAUCAGAAGUACGCCAUCUACAUUCCGUUAUUCCUGCCGAUAAUGUUCCCUGUGGUCCUGUCGCUGAAGAAUCUUAUCCUGUGGUUCAGGGGCAAGCCCACCAACAAGGAGAAGACUGAGUGAAGUCAUAUUAUGAAUAAAUUAUUACAAUAGUUAUCAUCUUUUA